AAACGCCGCUCGAGUGGAGUUCAGCUGCUGCCGCCGUGAGCCGCGGGACCCGCGUUAUUGUACCGCUCUAACGCACUAGACAGACUUUUCUGUCUUUAUUUUAACAACGCCAGAUAGUUUCUUUUCUUAUUUUUCUCCCUGAUUUUGGUAUUUCUGUUGUCCGUUUACACUUUCUGUUCACCUUUCCCCCCACGUCCCGGAUCCUUUUUUGUCCCUUGUGCCACCGACCGGUCUGGAUUCCGUGUUAUAGUGCCUAAAACAAACGCAAACAGCUGAUCACUACCAUCGUGUGUGAACACAUCCGAAUUGUCCGUCAUCGACAAUAAUCAUCAUAUCGUGUUUUCGUGUAUCGCCGAGUGCUAAUUUCGUAUUAAGGAUUAUAAGACGUGUUGAUUGGAUACUUUGCCAAGAAUAACACGAUGCGAGACAAGACAUCUUAAAUUACACAGAUCUGGAAUAGCAAAAGAACAUACACAAACACUUCGGAUAUCGGAGUAUCAUAUUUUCUAAGUCUGUGAUAUAGUGUAAUUUAUUUUUAAAAUGAUCCCUCUAUUCGCUAUCGAUUUUCUCGACCAUAGGAUAGAAAUCGAAUCACCUAUUUGUAAUCAAAUGAAACGGUCGUUAUAAGUUGUAUUUUAAGUUGUUGACUUAAAUUCGUUAUUCCAAUUAGUUAGUUUAUUUAUAAAUUUUGUAAAAUAAUAUAAUAACAAUGAAUUCCUAUAAAUAUUUUUGAAACUAUAAAACAUUUUAAUUGUAUUUUAAAUUAUCAAGUCCCUUAUACUCUGUCCAAGAUGGGUUCUAAAGAGGAAACUAGCAAAGGAGCCAAAAUGAGUGAUCUCAAAAAAGAAAUUGAUUUAGAUGAUCACCAAAUACCAUUAGCUGAGGUAUAUGCUCGUUAUGAAACAGAUCCUGAAAGAGGAUUAACUACAGCCCAAGCUAAAAGAUUAUUACUUAGGGACGGACCUAAUGCACUGACACCACCUAAGAGAACUCCCGCAUGGAUUAUUCUGCUAAAACAUUUGUUUGAAGGAUUUUCUAUUUUGCUAUGGGCGGGUGCUUCUUUAUGUUACCUAGCGUAUGGUAUUCAAUAUUCUACUUCUGAAGAACCACAAGAAGAUAAUUUAUGGUUGGGUACAGUUUUGGUACUAGUUUGUGUUAUUACGGGUGUAUUUGCUUACAGUCAAGAAGCAAAAAGUUCUAGAAUUAUGGACUCGUUCAAAAAUAUGGUACCCCAAUAUGCCAACGUAGUACGAGAUGGCGAACGAAGAAAUAUUCUUAGUUCAGAACUUGUUAAAGGAGAUAUAGUCGAAGUUAAAUUUGGUGAUCGCGUUCCAGCUGAUGUCCGCAUUAUUGAGAGUCAUAAUUUCAAAGUAGAUAACUCAUCUUUAACCGGAGAAACUGAACCACAACCAAGGGAUUCGAAUGUAUCUAAAGUCCAAGUAUUAGAAGCUAAUAAUUUGGCAUUUUUCUCGACUAAUGCAGUUGAAGGAACAGCAAAAGCUGUAGUGAUACUUUGUGGAGACAAUACUGUGAUGGGGCGUAUUGCUGGACUGACUACUAGAUUGGAGCAAAGAGAUACACCAAUUGCAAAUGAAAUUCAUCAUUUUAUGCACUUAAUUUCGGCUUGGGCUAUUUUCCUUGGAGUUUCGUUUUUCAUAAUGGCAUUCUUACUUGGAUAUCAUUGGCUAGAUGCAUUUAUUUUCCUUAUUGGUAUUAUUGUAGCUAACGUACCAGAAGGUCUUCUCGCCACUGUAACGGUAUGUUUAUCAUUAACAGCUAAACGAAUGGCAUCAAAAAAUUGUGUUGUAAAACAUCUAGAAGCAGUUGAAACUCUUGGUUCUACAUCCACCAUCUGUUCUGAUAAAACUGGAACGCUAACACAAAAUCGAAUGACAGUAACCCAUUUAAGUUAUAACAAAGAAAUUAUUGAAGUGGACUAUUUUAAAGAUCCAACUGGUGUGACUGAAGAAGCUAGAAAUACCAAAGCUUACCAAUCACUUGUCAGGGCAGGAUGUCUUUGUAGCAGAGCUGAAUUUAUUUGUGGACAAGAUAAUACACCAGUUCUCAAAAGAGAAGUUAUGGGUGAUGCUUCCGAAGCAGCUAUCAUAAAAUUCUCUGAGCUUGCAGUAGGAGACGUUAUGGCAUUCAGAGAUCAACACAAAAAAGUCGCAGAAAUACCAUUUAAUUCUUCCGAUAAAUUCCAAGUAUCUAUACAUGUACUACCAUCUAAAGGACAAUUGCUAGUCAUGAAAGGGGCUCCUGAAAGAAUAUUAGCUCGUUGUACACGCAUGCGUUAUGGAGAUGGAGUAGUUGAGCUAGAUGAAAAUAUUAGGCAAGAAAUGGAUGAAAUUAUUGAACAGCUCGGUAGUUAUGGAGAAAGAGUUUUAGGAUUUUGCGAUCUUUUCCUGAGUACAGAUCAGUAUCCAAUUGGUUUUAAUUUUACAACUGAUCCUCCUAAUUUCCCUUUGAAUGAUUUACGAUUUUUAGGGUUAAUGUCUAUGAUUGAUCCACCAAGACCUGGUGUACCUGAUGCUGUUGCCAAAUGCCGUUCAGCAGGUAUCCGUGUCAUCAUGGUCACUGGUGAUCAUCCAGUUACCGCUAAAGCGAUAGCUAAGGCCGUUGGUAUUAUUUCAGAAGGUUCAGAAACACUCGAAGAAAUUGCUAAAAGACGACGUGUGCCUGUGUCUUCUUUGGACCCCAGAGAGUCUACAACGAUUGUUAUUCAAGGUUCAGUUUUGCGUGACAUGUCUUCCGAGGAGUUAGAACAUGUAUUAAGAACAAACAGAGAAAUUGUAUUUGCUCGUACUUCCCCAACGCAAAAAUUACAUAUUGUUGAAGGUUGUCAAAAUCUUGGAGCUAUUGUUGCCGUUACAGGAGAUGGCGUAAACGAUUCCCCAGCAUUGAAAAAAGCUGACAUUGGUAUUGCUAUGGGUAUUACUGGUUCUGAUGUAUCUAAACAAACAGCUGAUAUGAUAUUAUUGGAUGACAAUUUUGCAUCAAUUGUUACCGGUGUUGAGGAAGGACGACUUAUUUUUGAUAAUUUAAAGAAAUCAAUAGCUUAUACUUUAGCAUCCAAUGUGCCAGAGAUAACGCCAUUUUUAUUAUUUAUUGUUGCCGGCAUUCCAUUGCCUUUAGGCGUAGUGGCUGUCCUUUGCAUUGAUUUGGGAACUGAUAUGUGGCCUGCUAUUUCAUUAGCAUACGAGAGGGCUGAAUCUGAUAUUAUGUUAAGACAUCCAAGAAAUCCAACAAAUGACAAGCUGGUAAAUGGAAAACUCAUAUUUGUAGCUUAUGGUCAAAUAGGUGUGAUUGAAGCCGUUGCUGGGUUUUUCUCAUACUUUGUUAUAAUGGCUCAAUGUGGAUGGAAACCACCUCGGUUAUUAGGCAUUCGUAAUGAAUGGGAUUCAAAGUCUGUCAAUGAUUUACAAGAUUCAUAUGGUCAAGAAUGGACUUUUGUGCAUCGAAAAGAAUUAGAAUAUACAUGCCAUACUGCCUUCUUUAUAGCUAUUGUAGUUGUUCAAUGGGCUGAUUUAAUAAUUUGCAAAACACGAUAUAAUUCGAUUGCUCAUCAAGGAAUGGACAAUUGGGUUUUGAAUUUCGGUAUAGUGUUUGAGACUUUAGCUGCUUGUCUUGUUUCAUACUGCCCGGGUAUGACCGAUGUGCUAAAGACCUACCCUGUUAAAGCCGAGUGGUGGCUGCCAGCUGUACCAUUCGCUAUUGUCAUAUUUAUUUAUGACGAAUGCAGACGUUUUUGGCUCAGGACUCAUCCUGGUGGAUGGGUCGAACGACACACUUAUUAUUAAAGAUUAAUUUUAACUACAAUAAAUUAAAAAUAAUAAUCAUUUAUUGCGGCAAUGGCCUUGUAUAAAAAGAAAUCAAUUAAUAUAAAAAAAAAAUCUUUUGCAUUACAACCUCAAUGAUUAAAAAUUUAAAUGUAUAGCUGUUAUUGUUAUUGAUAGUUUUAUUAGUUAUUUAUAACGCGAAUUUUUUUAAAAAUUAGAAGGGAAAACUUGCUAUGAUUUAUUGUCACCGGAAAGUCAAAAAACAAUAUGUUAAAUUAAUUUAUUAUUAUACGAAAAAUAUGAGUGUUCAUUUACCAUAGGCCUAGACUAUUAAUUAAUAUGUAAGUAAAUGAAAAUCGUUAACAGUGCAUAGAGUUGGAUUAGUUAUUUAUAAAAAGUUUUUGUUAAAAUAUAUUAAAAUAAUAUAUAGUACAAGGCUGAUCAAAAGUCCUACCUGGAAAUCAUUUUAUCUUAAAACUUUUGAUCUUCCGCGUAUCUACAUAUUGUAAUCUGGGCUGGUAUAUGUGCAAUUAUGCUUUGAGUCUGAGCCAUUAUAAUAUGUACAUACAUUUAAAAUGCCUGUAGAAAAUUCAAUGUAUAGUAUUUUGUUUGAAUUAAAAAAAAAAAAAAAAAAAUUAAAAAAAAAAAGGAAUAACUAAUAGUUAUUGCAUUUUUAGUUUUGUUAUGAGUUUUAAAAUAUUAUCAGUAAAGUUAUAAGUGUUAUGCGUAUAAUUACUUAGGGCGAAAAUUGGACUACAAAUUACAAAACCUAAAUCUCAUUUCUUAAGCGGAGCAGAAAAUUUUAUUUCUGUUAUCCAAAUUAAACUUAACAUUUGUAAACAUUAUUCAUACAAUAGCCUUUCUAGCCUAUUAUUGUACUAUGUUAAAUAGUUGAUUUCAUUUUGUUUUAUAAUUUAUACUAUUUUUUUUAAUUUGUGUCUUAUUGACGUUUUUUGUUUACCGGAUGUAUACAACUAUACGAUUAUUAUACUUAAUGAUAUUUAUUUUUAACUUAAUGUAGAAAAUGCUUAUCUUAGUCGAUUUCACACAGGCAAACAAAUUUUAUAUUUAAGAAAAAAUGAAAUUAUUUACAUAAAAUAUGUCAUAUGAACUAGCUUAAACCGCUGAAAAUAAAAAUCGUAAUAUUUUAGUAUGUAAAAUUAAAUAUUUUUAAGGAAUUUUUUUUUUUUAGUUCAAUUAUAGGACAAAAACUAUAUAAAAUAGAAUGUUUAAAUUUGUACUAUUGUAAUAAGCUUUUUAAUAUCCGUUGAAUAAUGUAAAGUUAUAUUACUUAAGUCAUACAUUAAAUUUUUAUUAAUGCCAUUUAAUACAUUGUGAAACGUCGGGUAUUUAGUUACUAUAUAAUGUUAUAAUGAUUAUUGUUCGGCUAUAUAUGCUAUAUAAAAAAGCAAAUCACGCGAAAAUCAUAAUAUUAUUUUCAGAGAUUUUAUGGUAAUGUAUGUUCCGAAUAAAAGUCCUGUAUACAAAGACA